AUGUCUACUAGUGAGGUAGCCAAAGGUUCUCCAUUUCAAAAUUUUCAGUACCGUUCUAAAGAAGGAAUACAUGAAGAAAUUGGUGAGCGACCAACUGCACCAACGGGCGCCUAUCGACAACAGAGACCCAAGGUACUAGAUGAUCAUUGUAAAAAUAGAACAACAUUUCAAGAAAUGCACGGAAAAGACAAUUUGUUCGUAUUAUCACUUGUAAAUCAAUUAAAGCGAAUUAAAAGUAAUUUUAUCCCAGAUAGACCACAUCAAACUGAACUGUACUUAAUAGUAGGAGAUCCAGGAGUUGGCAAAACUUCAUUCGCAUGCAAAUUAAGUAAAACUUUGAACAUAAAAACAUCGAAUAUGAGAAAGUGGCGGAACAACUAUGAGCAACAAGACGUUGUUAUCCUUGAUGACUUUCAUGGUUGGCUAUCGCCACCAGAACUUUUUAACCUCGCCGAUUGCAAACCUCUUUUGGUACAAGUAAAGGGAGGCUUUACUAAGUUCACCUCAAAGGCCAUAAUCAUUACAAGCAACAGAAUUCCCGAGAAAUGGUGGAAAGCGGAUACUAUCAGAAAAUAUAAUAUGUAA